AUGACACAAACUCAAAUUCAACAAAAGCCACAAACUCAAGUUCAAACACGAAACAAACUCAAGUUCAAAAACACCACAAACUCAUGGUCAAACACACUACAAACUCAAGUUCAAACACGACAAAAAAACUCAAGUUCAACAAACACACUAACUCAAGUUCAACAAACGCCACAAACUCAAGUUCAAACACAAACUCAAGUUCAACAAACACACAAAAUCAAGUUAAAAAACACCACAAACUCAAGUUCAAACUCGACACAAACUCAAGUUCAACAAACACACAAACUCAAGUUAAACCAAUACCCAAUUCUCAAGUUUAACAAAUUCCACACCCUCAAGUUAAAAAAACCAGAAAACUCAAGUUCAAAAACACCACAAACUCAAGAUCAAACACGACACAAACUAAAGUUCAACAAACGCCAGAAACUCAAGUUCAAACACGACACAAAUUCAAGUUCAAAAACAACAGAAACUCAAGUUCAACAAACGCCACAAACUCAAGUUCAAACACAACACAAACUCAAGUUAAACAAACACAUUCAAGUUAAAACACGACACAAACUGAAGUUCAAAAACACCACAAACUCAAGUUCAAACACAAACUCAAGUUCAACAAACACACAAAAUCAAGUUAAAAAACACCACAAACUCAAGUUCAAACUCGACACAAACUCAAGUUCAACAAAAACACAAACUCAAGUUCAACCAAUACCCAAUUCUCAAGAUUAA